AUGGCUGUAAGGGACGAAACUAGCCAUAAAACCCUCCCGGAAGGUAGAGGGAAUUCUGAGGAGGUGGAAGCUGCUAUGGAUACUGCGAAAAAUGACACAGUCCAGGAAGAAUCGGUCUCCGACAAGCCUAGAAGAACUUUGUUCGUUCGAUCUCUGCCCGCCUCUGUGACGACCGAGAAGUUGGUGGAAUAUUUUUCGCAGUCCUACGUUAUCAAACACGCUUUGGUCGUCAAUGAUUCCGAGACAAAGCAGUCUAAGGGAUAUGGUUUCGUGACGUUUGCUGAUGUUGACGAUGCGAAAGCCGCUCUGGACGAAUUUAAUGGAUCCGUUUUCGAUGGGAAAAAGAUUAAAGUCGACUACGCCCAGCCUCGUCACCGUACAGUCGAUGAGAAUGCGGGGAAGAGUGUACCAUCAUCCGCAGCGCUUGAGGCUAAAAAACAGAGAGAGCAAGAGAGAGCUGCCACUCAGCCGCCCAAACUGAUUGUUCGCAACUUGCCUUGGAGUAUCAAGGAACCAGAUGACCUUGCGGUCCACUUCAGAAGUUUCGGGAAAAUUAAAUAUGUUAAUCUCCCAAAGAAGGGGAACAAACUUGCAGGAUUUGGUUUUGUGGUACUGAGAGGAAAGAAGAACGCCGAGAAGGCACUGGAAGCUGUCAAUGGAAAGGAGGUGGAUGGGAGAACUUUGGCUGUUGAUUGGGCCGUGGACAAGGCUGUCUGGGAGAAUAUACAGCAGGAUAGCCAAGAGCAGGGAAAUGGAGAGGAAGAAGAGUCAAGCGACGCUGAGAUGGCAGAUGACGCCGAGGCCGAAUCAGGUGUUGAUGAUGAUGGAGACCUCCCCGAAGAUGAAGAUAUGGAUGAAAUCGCUCAGAGUGACGAAGAUGAAGACGAAGAGGAGGAAGAGGAGGAAGAGGAAGAGAAAGAGGAUGAAAGGACGGCCGCCACCGUCUUUAUUCGGAACCUACCAUUCACCUGUACAGAUGAGACGCUCUACGAACAUUUUACUCAGUUCGGACCCUUGCGUUAUGCACGUAUCGUUGUCGACCCGGAAACCGAACGCCCUCGUGGUACAGGCUUCGUUUGCUUCUGGAAGGUUGAGGAUGCAGCGGCGUGUGUGCGUGACGCUCCAAAACAACAAGAUACUAUUGCCCCAGAGAAGGAAAAGGCCAAGAAGGGCUCCAUUGCAUUCAAACAUUCCGUCCUUCAGAACGAGAACGCCGAUCCAACUGGGCGUUAUACCUUGGACGGCCGGGUGCUGCAGGUUUCCCGUGCUGUGAGUAAGUCACGAGCUACGCAACUCGCAGAGGAAGGUGUCUCACGGCGCCUUGUUCGUGAUACUGACAAGCGUCGUCUGUAUCUCCUGUCUGAGGGAACUAUCCCCUCAGACUCCCCUCUGUACAAGAAGCUCUCACCAUCUGAGAUUAAAAUGAGAGAGGAUAGCUUUAAACAGCGACAAAGUUUUAUCAAGAAGAACCCAACGCUUCAUCUUAGUUUGACGCGACUGUCCGUUCGAAACGUGCCCCGCCAUGUCACAUCGAAGGAUCUAAAGCAACUCGCUCGACAAGCCGUUGUUGGUUUCGCCCAGGAUGUCUCGGCUGGCUUGCGCCAGCCCUUGUCCAGGGAUGAGCUACAGCGUGCUUCGGAAGAGAUGAAGGAAGCCGAGCAGCUCAGAAAGAAGAAAGGUCUUGGGGUUGUGAGACAAGCCAAGAUCGUUUUCGAAGGACGGGAUGGAAGUAAGGUCGAGGAGAACAGUGGCGCCGGAAGAAGCCGGGGUUAUGGUUUCGUCGAGUAUUUCACCCACCGGCAUGCGUUGAUGGGACUCAGGUGGCUCAACUGCCAUGCCGUCGAAGCCCCCGCAACCGGCUCCGAAGAUGCUAAGGACAAGAAGAAACGACUCAUUGUUGAAUUCGCUCUUGAGAACGCGAAUGUUGUCAAACGCCGCCAAGAGCAACAAGAAAAGAUGCGCAAUUUCAAGAAAGGAGGUCAGAAAAAUGAGGACUCUUCUAAGAAUGGCGGCUCCCAGAACAAAACACCACCGAAGGGCAAUAAACGAAAGCGCUCCGAGAGCAACGGCGAUCAAGGGCAGGGUGGAGCAGAUACGGAAGAGCAGAACAAGAUCGCCAAACGCAAUCGUAUCAUCGCAAAGAAAAGAAUGCAGCGGAGGACUCGGAAGGGAAAGGCGUAG